AGAAUAAACUAGCAUAAGUGGAUAUAGAAGUGAUGAAAGAGACAGAAAAGUGAAGAGUACUCAGUGAAGUGCUGUGAACCGAUGGACUCCAACACUCGUGACUAGACCUAGGAAAAAAAGUUGCCUGUUUUAACCGACAUAAUGUUUUGUAAAGUUGAGAAAAAUGCGAAAAAAAGUUGUCAAAUCUGGAAAAAAAGAUGUGAAACUGUGCAAAAAGGGUGUAAAUAUGCAAAAACCAGUUGCAAUAAUGCAAAAACAAUUGUUACAAUGGGGGAAAGGUCGUUUUUAGCCCCUUUCAGCCACUUUGCUGCAUUUUUGUGUUUCAAAAUCUAGGCACGUGGUGCCUCUCUUUUGGAGUCUACUGUUUUUCCUGCUGUUCUGUUCACAAAAUAAUUUUGGGUCAGAUCAAACCCAUGACGGAGAUGUUGCUGAACUGCAGUUCGCUUUUUGGCAGCCUUUCCCAAUUUGCAAUUGGUGGACCAAAAAUAUUGUUUUAUUAUAUUGAAAUGGCAACAGCUGGACAAAUCAUGCUCUUUCAUUUUGAUUAUACCGGGGAUUACAUUCUUUGCAGCACUUACAAAAACCAAUGAAAACCUAAAGACAAAAAAAAUAGUCAAAAGUUCCGGCUGAGGAUUUAACCCCUCAUCUGAUCAUGCUGCAGAGAAGCAAAAAAAAGGUCCCAAACGAGAAAAAACAAGAUUCCAAAUGACAAUGAAAGGAAAAUAAAAUGCCCUAAAUUCUGAGAAAAAGUUUAAAAAAAAAAGUUGAAAGCAACGUCCUUUAUAUGUCCGAGCACUGUUUUGGGGGAAAAUUAAGUCCUCAACAUUCCGUGCAUUUUUUAGGUCAUGGAUAGCAAUUAAGGUAUUGCCAGUACCGCACAUCAAUGAAACAUUGUAGAUGAUUUGCUAUUCAUGACGAAACGAAAUGUUCCUUAAUGACCAUGCAUUCAGGGUGAUAGGUUGAAGCUUUAUCACGUCUUGUAUUUCAUAGCCACCUAGCUCAGAUACUUCAAAUGUGAAUCAAUGUAAUUAUAUCUAUAUAACUUAUACAUAUGAUGUAAAUGUAAAGAUAAGAUAACUUUUAUUGGAGAAGUCUGGAACAGAUCAGAGUGCACUAGAAAGGUCAUUUAGGUAUGUUCAUCCUUUGCCGGCCUUUGCCCCACUUCUGUUACUGAAUAGUACGUUUUGUCAUCAACAUGAAAAAUACCUCUGUCCAUGCAACGAGCCACUGAGGAGAUUGUUUUCCAAUGUCUGUUGAAAGCGACGCAAAAGCCCACUGAGAAAGGCCGAUUCUCAAGGCCGCUCCGUUUGAGACGCAGAAAGAGAUUUCACGUUCGCCUCACACAUGUUUCAUGGAAUAGAAAAGGACUUGGAUGACUAGGCAGCAGAUUAGUCAUCCUCCAAAUCAUCUGUGUUACAAAUAUGUACGUACGAACAUGAACAACCUCAAAGAAUGUAAACGCAAUAGGAUGUCCUCACGGAAUGGGUCUUUUAAAAGUGAUUCUCAAACUGCAAUAUAUACAUGCAUUGCAAUAGGACAUUGCACUCAAAUAUUGCGGUUUCUAAGGUUUAAAGUAUUGGGCUGAUUUCUAAGAUACUCAUGCAAUCUCUGAUAUGGAAAAAUGUUCUAGCAAGAGAGAAAGCUUUCAUUUUUAGCCAUUAUCAGAUUUUCACUUUCUUUUGCGGACUUCUUAACCGCUGCCGAAAGUUUUUGAGAAUGAUUUUCAUUCAAAGUCAUUUACUUCUUUUCUAGAAUGCACUCCCUUGUAGUUUCGGCAUUUCAUACUACCUACCAUAUUACAACUCUUGUUGUUUGUAUGCUUGCGAUCAAAGGUAUGGACAAGAGAAAGGGCUUACAAGGGACAAAAUCUAUAUCCAGUUGGUUCAAACUAGUAAUGAAAGAGCCAAAAACGUUCCCAUUAACAUGUGCGAAUACCUGAUAGAUUAUUUUCCUCGGACGUAUUGACGCCCACUCAGUUCUUGGAGAGGUUCGUCCGUGGAUGGAAAAUGGUGGUGGCUCUGUUCAUAAUUUCCCCACGUUUAUUAGACAUGAACAUUCUAAGGGCCAGAAGCGCCAGAACCCACAACUUUCUUCAAGCCACCACAUCACGUCACGUUAAGGUACAUAACCCCUGAUUAAAUCGAUGGCCUUUGCCCAUACCUUCAAAACAACACUCACUGUGACUGAAGGACGGACUGACGAACUGACUGACUCCAAGCGCACAUUCAUACGUUAGUUAGUCACCAGAUUUGGUUCAGAGCGUGUGUUGCAACUUGGACUAAGCCAGCUUUAGCCAAUCCUUAAGAAACUAUGUCUGCUCAAGAGGUGUCCAUUUUGGUCCAAUCAAUAGCCCGAAAGCAACCAUCUUUCUCGAAAAAAGAGGAAAUACUCUUGUCCCAAUUAUUCGAAUUAGCAGAUCGAACAAAGAGCCGGCAUGUGGAACCCAUGGAAGUGAAACAGAUCUCAGAGUCUUUUAAACAAAAGGGGCUCAAUGUGUCGGAAAAUGACGUAAACCAGGUGAUCCUCUUGGCCGAUAAGGCCAAAGAUAGGAGAAUCACGAUCCCAGCAGUAAUUGAUGUGCCACAACAUGACGAGGAAGAAUUGAAGGUUAAGGCCGAAUUAGCCAUUAAAGCGUAUGAUCGCAACCGAGAUGGAAUGGUUUCCAAGUAUGAAAUGGCAGUAGUAUCUGGGAAGAAAUUGUCCAAAGAACAGAUCGAUCGAUGCUUUGAAAUAAAUGACAAGGACGGCGAUGGUUACUUAAACUCCCAAGAGAUGGCAGACAUGCUGCGGAGACGAAAGGAAACACUGACGAAGAAAGCCUCCAAAGACCGAUCUCAGCCUUGAGCGUCCUCUAUGUUCCAAGAUCAUAGGAAUUGGACAGUCCUUUAGUACAAAAAAAACGACCAACUACAAGCAGCAUGGCUUCAUCCAAACUUUGACAAUGAAUACCAGAAGCGACCGUACAAUGAACAACCCUGCAAUUUUAUUUGUCCAAAUAUAACUUUGUGAAGAUUACAUAAAUGCACACAAUAUGGUGCAGUCUGUAGUUUUCAUACAAUCUCUUUUUUUUAUCAACAUGCCCCAAGGAUGGGAGGGGAGAAAAACGGAUUUGCACCAUUUUUCCCCUCAUCCCCUGCAAACCAGAAAAAAAAUAAAAGAGGCUAAUAAAACCAAGAACCUCAAUUCAAGUCCGUUCACGAUCAAGUAGGAGUUGCACAACGAGGAUGAAGGGUUCUUGUGGUACUUUUCCCGUUUGAAAAGUUACAUCAAAUCUUUUGUACUACACAACGAGCCCAUUACCACAUUGUACGUACAACUACCCUUUGUCUCACCCGACC